UUAUUUUUUGUUUAAAAAGAUUAUAAAAGAUAAAAUAAGAAGCUUAUUAUAAAGGAUAACUACUUGCAUGUUUUUAAAAGAAAACUUAAAUGGAAAGUUUGGAUGCGGAGGAGUUUGGUGGAUAUAAUGCGGAUUUUUUAUAUGAACUUUCAGAUGAACAUGAAUGUCCUGUGUGUAAAAUGGCUCUUCGUGAACCUAUUUUAACACUGUGUGGUCAUCGGCUUUGUUUGUCAUGCUCAGAAGAAAUGAGAAAAAGAAAUAAAGGAGUUUUACUUUGCCCAUUAGACAACACUAAUUUGAAUUCUGAGAAGACUUUUCCCGACAGAGCUAUUGAAAGAGCUAUUCUGCAACUAAAAGUUAGAUGUAAUAACUUCUCAAAAAACUGUCAAUGGACCGGAGAACUAAAAGCAAUUAAUAACCAUUUAACAUCAUGUCAAUAUCAAGAAGUUAAAUGCUCUUAUACACAAUGUUCUACUUCACUUCUGCGUAAAGAACUAAGUGAUCACAUGGAAACGCAAUGCAUUUAUCGCUUGGUUAUCUGUCAACAUUGCAAUAAAAAGAUUCAACUUUGUGAGAAGCAAAUUCACGUGGAAAAUUGCGAAUGUCAACCACUUUAUUGUGUAAAUCAAUGUGGCAUGAAAAUGUUACGUAAAGAGAUGUCGUACCAUAUCACUGAUAUUUGUGCUAAUACAAUUAUUCCUUGUCAAUACUUGAACAUUGGAUGCAACUUCAAGGGAAUGAGAAAAGAACAACAUACUCAUGCCAAUUCUUCAACACAAAACCAUCUUUCAAUGGCAAUAUCAAAAGUAAUUGCACUUGAAAAUAAAAUUAUGUUAAUAGAGAAAGAAAUGGAAACAAAAAUGACCGUUCUCAAAAAUGAAAUGAUGGAAAAUAUUAAACUCGUAAAUAAGAAGACAAUGCUAGAAAAAAACAAGGUAGCUCCCACAAAUAAUGUUGCAGUAGCAGGACCGGUAAGUAAUGCUGUAGUAGCAGGACUUGCAAGACGUGAAGAAGAAAAAUGCAUACACGGUAAAAUAAAACGCAGAUGCGCAAACUGCCAAUUGUUUAUAUUCUAAAUAAUAAUGUUUUACAUGCAGAAUUAUAAUUAUAAGCAAAUAUAAUAUUUUUUUAUUUAUAGGUAUAUAAUAAGCCCAGGCAUUAAAAAAAAAAAAUGUAAUAACAAUAUAUCAUAAAAAUAAGAAUUAAUUGUAUUCGCGUAAAACUAAUUUUUUCUUAUUUGUACCGCGCGUAUUUAAACAUGAGUUAUUAAAUACUUUUUUGACUAUUUUACCUGGAAAACUAGUUCAAUUUAGUUUAA